UAUAAAACACAAUAAUGAUAUAUGUCUCUGGAAUAGUUAAACAAGUUAUACCAACAUGAAGUCUCCAUCGUUCCGGGAUCUAAUUGUCUUACUUUUCUUGGCAAUAUGUGACGCAAGACUGUGGUGUUUGACUGUUACAUACGAUAAAGAAACGUCUGGUUGCUGCAAUGGAGUGGUAUACAACACAACAACGAGUGGGUGCUGCGGAACAAAGAUAUAUGACAAAUCAAGAGAUCAUAUAGAUUAUGAGUGCUGUGCCGAUAUCCACGUCUAUAAGCGAUAUGAACAGACGUGUUGUGGAAGUGUGGUACGGAACAACACUGAUAUUGACCAGGAAGAUGUUUGUUGUGAAAACAAAUUCCAUCCGAAAACUGAAGGCGUGUGCUGUGACAAUAUAUUUCAUAAGCAUGGUGAUAAAAAUCGUCACAGCUGUUGUGGAAAAUUGCUCAACGAUAACAACAAUAAAAUGUGUUGUAACGGCAAGCUGCAUAACGGUACUAAAUAUCCUGGACAGAAGUGUUGUGGUACUGAAACUUAUAACAAAUUUACCCAUUGGUGUGACGAGCGGGAUCCUGAUAUCAUUCUUCUACUCGGACAAAAGACGUGUUACGGGCAGAAAUACUUGACAAAAACCAAAAUUUGCUGCCAUGGACAACUUAGGAAAAUAAUAAGUAAGAUGUCUAUAAAUGAUGACGCUUGUUGUGGUACAACUUCUUACAACUCCAAAGAAAGUAGCGUGAAAUGCGACAACAAUCAGCUCGUUCCUAAAGGAAAUACGCCAGAGCCAACUAGGUGUGGAAACAAAGCCAUAAAGGAAACUAUCCAGGGCUGUUGUAAUGGGGCACAAUUUGAUUUACUUAAUCAAAUUUGUUGUGGAGGAACCAUUUUGCAUAAAUCAAAGAAAUGCUGUGAUGGGAGAGAAUUGGACACAGCAAAAUAUGUGUGUUGCAAGGGAGAUAAAAUAGAACAACAGGUCAAGUUACAGCCUAACAGUGAUGAAUGCUGUUUACUGAAAAAUGGUUCUUUUCAAACAUUCAACAGAAAAUAUUCUGAAUGUAGUCUUGCCUUAGGAGUUGCUCCAAAGGGAUCCAGAUGUGGAACUUUGUUGUAUAACAAAAGUAGAGAUCUUUGUUGUCAGGGAAUACUAUUUAAAAAUGGUACUCUCCAGAAGAGGAAAUGCUGUGGUGUUAAAUCCUAUGAUACUCAAUGCCAGGAAUGCCAACACGAUGGCAUCAAAGAUUUGAAAACAUGUAACGAACAUGUCAAAUUUAAGGAAACACAACAUUACUGUGGGAAAAAAGAAUAUAACAAGGAUAGAGAUCUAUGUUGUCGUGAUAAGCUUUAUGUCAAUGGAACAACACAGAGAAAAGGCUGUUGUGGAAUAAAAUCUUACUUGAAAAAGAAUAAAAAAUGUCUUCAUGGAGAAAUCAGGGAAGGGCGUGUUUGUCCAAAUUACUGUAAAAGAAGCUGGAUUCAAAACAACCAAACAUCACUGACCUGGAAGAAAAAUAAAACAAAAAUGUGUAAAUAUAAAGUUUACAGCAUUAGUUACUUGACAGGAAAAACAUGGGAAAUAAACUACAGGAAAAAAUCCAAAAACGUGGUCUUUGAAAAAGACUGCAGGUGUCUAUUUAAAGGAAAGAAAGAGGCAAUAUUAGUAUCUAAGAGAAUAACUAAAGCUGGGAAGAUAAGAGGUCAAUUCUACCUUCUACCAAUUUCAAAAAACAACAAACAAAAAACAAAAAGAUUGAUAAAAAAGGAUAUAAGAAUAAAAAACAAAAAAAACAUAAGUUGUACCAGCAAGUCAAAGAAAAAAAUUAUGAAAGAGAAAACAAAAAGUGAAUAAGGAAUACGAAUUUGCUUUUAAACUUUUUUUUAACCAUUUUUUUCAAUCUCCCUUUUCACAUGCAUUUUAGAAGGGGCGUGACCUUUUUUGGGACGUCGGGAUCAGGUGUUUCUAAGCUCACGAUUUCAGGAUUGACCCUUUUGGGAUCUGGGAUUUUUUUUUUCAAAUUUUGGGCAUUCAGGAUUUUUUUUUAAAUUCGGGACCUCUGGGUAAUUUGUUUUUACCCCAGGAUUUUGGAAUCUGGACCCCUCCAACUCUCCCUCAUUUCAAUAUGGGAAGUUUGUCGAUUUAAUAUAUGCCAAUAAAAAUAAUGAAGAUUUCUUCCGAGUUUUUUUUAAUUACUAAAGGGGAUAUUUGCCACUUGAUUUUCUAUAAAAAGUUUUUAGAGCAUAAAAGGUUGCUUUUACUUAUUUGUGUAUCUAAUUGAAAGAACAAUUGUGUCAUCUGUCUCAAAUUGGGUAGCAAGUGACUCUAGUCUGAAUCCAAUCAUCAUUAUUUAUUAUGGUCCAAUAUCAUAUGUAUCAUCAUUAUGUUCAAAUAUCAUACAUAUAUCAUCAUUAUGUUCAAAUAUCAUACAUAUAUCACCAUUAUGGUCCAAUAUCGUACAUAUCAUCAUUCUACCUUUUGACAUACAUCAAAUUGUAAGGUUUGAGGCACAACACAAAUUUAUCUUUUUCCGUAUCAAUAUCAACAUCAACAUUUUAGAUUGAUUGAAGAUGGUGUAACUUCUAUUGAUAUUGUUUUAAGUACAUGGAGUUGAUGAAAUGUAGUAGUGAUUUUCAUUCACUUUUAAAAUUGAUUAUCUAGUGUAUUUAAAAUAUCUUUAAAUUUAUUUUUCAACUUUUUGAUAAAUUCAUGGGAUUGUAAAAAUCACUUUGCAGUUGACCAAGUUAUUAAAGUUAUAAAUGUGAUCUCAGGGGCGGAUCCAGCCAUUUUAAAAGGUGUGUUCCAACUACAUCUCCCCAUUUAAAUGCAUUGAUCGUCCAAAAAAGGUGUGUUCCAACCUCUGGAACCCUCCCCCUGAAUCAGCCACUGGAUCUAUAAUCAAGUACUUUUGUUCCAAGUUUAUAUAUCUGCAUAAGGAAAUUUACACCAUAAAGGAAGAAGAUAUUUUGAAAUAUUCUCAAUGAUUUUCAUUUAAAACAUCAGAUAUAUUUAUCAAUUGCAUAUCAAAACGUAUAGUUUUUUCGUGUGCAUUAAAAUACAGCAUUCAUCAUGAUAUAAAUUAACUGCCAACUCAUGUAAAAUUUACAUUGUUUAUUUAUAAAAGUAUUAUAAAAUGUGUUCAAAACAAAUCUACCUGUUUGUUAGUGUAAAAGAUUUUCUAAUGUAUUUUUAUAAAUACUAAUAGGAAUUUUUGAAGAUGGGAAUAUCUAUUGACUUUUUCUCUACUAAAUAUAUCUGUGUUUUAUGCAUGUUAUUCCCUUUCUAUAUGCAAAUCAAUAUAAAGGUAUAAAUAAAUUCAUAAUUGUUUAGGCUCCUUUUGAUAACACAAUAAUAUAAAAAUUCCCCAAAAAUUAAAGUCAAUUUAAUCAGAUAUGGAAUAAUCCAUUCAGAAAAAUAAUUAGAUAAAAAAGUGAAUUUGACUUCCAUAUUCUUCUGCUAAAUGUAAAUAAUCCAUAUUUCAGUAUAAUAAUUAACAAGUUGGAAUUUAUCCAAGAAAUAAAUAGAGCAUGACAUUCAAUUUUUUACAUAUCUUAACCAAUUUUUCCACCAUACAACCUAAUAUAAGCUGUUUUGUAAAAAGAAUUAUGAUACAGUACUCAUAGCCCCAAUAUGUUAACAAAUAAUGGCAGUAUCCAUAUAGGGCAAGUCUAUUGGCAACAGAGUUAAAGGUUUCUUUAUUCUUAAAGAACAUUCCUUUAGUUAUUGGUGAAAAUAUGUUUCAAAAAAACUUUAUAUGUUGAUUUUGAUUUUUAAAUGACCAAAUUUUGCAUGAAAACAGAAUGACCAUUACAAAAAAACGAAACUUUUUAAUUCUAGUAAUAUCUCUUUAACCUCCUAAAUUUGUAAAUUCUUUUUUAAGAUAGAAUAUGGUUAUAAACUUGCUAUUUGUUUCGAGUAGACUCAAUAAUCAGUGUUAUCCAACACAAUGUUAGAAUUCUCAUAAUUUGAUUUUUAAAUUUGAAAAUAAGAAAAUUUCUGCAAUAACAUAGUGACGUAUCAAGAGCAAUGAACUUUUAACACUAUAAAUGUAAAUACAUGUAUUGUAAAUUGUUCCAUGAUAUUUAUAGUUAUGUAAUUGUACAAAAUGUAUAUAGGUGCAAAUGUAUAUAUGUAUGACGUUAAUAUAAGGAAAUGACAAUAGUGAGUUUUUAGAAAACGAGAACUGGAAGUAUGAGCUUGAAUGAAAAUAAAUUUUGUAAAUAUCUCACAGGUGAUAUUAAAUUAAAAAUUAAAUGUAUUAUGACUGAA